AUAGCCAAUGCGGCCCCUAUCCCCCCCCCCCCCUCGUCCUCCCAGCCGCCCGCCCCCAAUCGCCAUCCCAUACAGCGAGAGAGAGAGGUAGGUAGGUAGUAUAUACACUAUACUACCUUGGUCGGAUCGUACCUUCAGCUCAGUCCUAGUUGAAACAGCGUUCAAGACGGACGUCGACUCAAAAACGCAAAACUUUUCUGGUUUGUUACAGCCCUCGUCCUCUCUCCACCGUCUAUUCGGCCCCACCAAAUUAUCCGACUCCCGUCAAAAGUGCUCGAUUUUUCUUUUUGGAUUAAGAAGAAACAAAACACAAAACGAACCCUCGUCCAUCAGUGCAGCGCAAUCCAUCGUUAACGGGAAAAAAUAAUUUGAAAAAAAAAAGAAAAAGAAAAAAGGAGGAAAAAGAUUUGAUUUUUUCCGACGAGAUGACUUGGAUGAGCUUGGACGGUUUGGCGUGAACUGGAUGAGCGGUCAUGAUCCCGGUUGUUGGACGACGGAUGAACUUGCUGCUGGCGUCGUCGUCGUCGUUGUCGAUCGCGCCGCUGCUUCCGCCGCCGCCGCCGCCCUCCUCACCGCAGCCGCCGCCCAUGUGGAUUCAUACGUGCACUUGUGUUCAUUGUUGUUGCCCCUGUUUUCGUCUUCCUUCCGAUUUCGACUCGUCGUCUUCUUCUUCUUCGUCGAUUUGUUCCGCUCCGUCGGCCGGAGCAUCGCCCACAGAGAAUCUACACCGUCACCGUUCGGCACCGUUUCCACAUCGACACCAAGGUAUCGGCCUGGAAUCCUCAUGCCGACUGGAUAGCGCCACAUGUUCAUUCAGAGGAAACUGAGAACUGCCGUCCUAGCGGAAUUAUUACUUUUCCUGAUGGUGGCGAAUUGCGCACCAAGCAGGCCGCGGGAGGACGCCGGCCGAGUGCCCGGAAAUCCAGCCUCAUCAUACCUGCCGUCCGUCGUGAGUAGCAGCAGCAGUAAUAUCAUCAAAAGCGGACACAAGAGAAAAGAGCCGGCCACGCUCAGCCACAGCCUGAAAGAUCAUCCGCCCAACGAAAUCGCCGGAUUCCGCAGAGUCUACAGAUGGAGCACGGGCUGCUCGUCGGUCCGGCCCGGUGGCGGCCUGUUGCGCUUUCUUCCCAAUGGCGUCGACGCUCGCGGCGGUUCCACUGACCCAGACACCGAUAUCGAAUUGUCUUCAGUCGGCUCUGAAGGCAAAAUCUACAUCAUCUCAAAGACCCGAAAACAUUACCUCUGCUUCAACAAAAAGGGCCAACUCGUCACCAAGAAACGACCUGGAGGGGAUAAGACACUUUGCCAAUUCUACGAGACGUUAUGGCGGGGCAACAGGCGCUUUGUCAGCGUCUACCGACGCCAUCAGCAGCAGCCGGUUAUACCGUGGACGGUUCCGCUUCCAGGCUCUUCGGAUCGAAGCAGCUGGAAAGACGGGAGCCCUCUGUCGCCGGUGGCACCUGCUUUCCAAGUGGACAAUCAAGAGCAUCCGGACGACUGGCACGUCGGAUUCGACCUGUCGGGCAAGCCGCUCAAAGGCUCGGCUUGGCGCAAUUCCAUUUACCGAUCCUGCUUCGACCUGGUCGAGCACGUCGACCACGUCCACAGACCCGGCGUCCGGCCGUCGCCCGUCGGCGAAAAACAAAUAGAGAUCAUCUUUCAAAGUGAAAACAGUGUGCCCGAUCGUGCGGCCGAGACGGGCUCCGGCAAAUCGCGAAAAAUGCCGGCCAGCAACAAUAGUCCGGCAACGCCGAGUAAAAACAACAACAACAAAAAUCCUCACGGCAAGAGCCAAGCCAAGGACAAAGUGAACGGUGGUAGUGGUGGUAGUGUCAAUAAAAACACUUCGGGACGGACGGCGCCCGUCAAUCAUAAAAACGGUGCAGCUCCUCCGAGCCACAGCUGGAAUAGUGGGGCUGCUGCUAGUAGCAACAAGCGGAACAAUAACAAGAUCAGCCAGCAGCACUCGUCGGCUACUAGCAGUGGUGGCCGGAAUCGGGAAGGUGUUUUGAGUGAGGAACAAGUCCGAGCGCGGAAGCCCAAAAGUGAGAAAGCCAAAGCGACGAAAGAGACGGAACUGAUGGCGCCCGUCGAGUUUUGGAAGAUCAAACUGACGGUCGACGAUACAGACAAGUACAAUGACCGUGAGGCGGCCGCUCUCGCUCCGGCCUCCUCCAACGUCGACUUUGACUCUUACCUGGCCGAAACGGAACAGCUGCUGGCCCAUCCGGAGCGGGUGAUUGGCCAUUCUGAAGACUCUUCCGCCAGUGCGACUGGCGCACCCGCCGUCGCGGCGUUCUCCUCCUCGACGUCGUCCACAUCUUCUCCUGCUCAGCGAUCCGCCUUCAUCCAUCUCGACUCGGGCGGAUGGGAGGAAGUGGUUUACAGCAAGUCGGGCGACUCGACUCCAACGGCGCCGAUCCUGCACCCAAAAGACGAUUCGGUCAAGAGCGAUCAGUGGCAAACACAAAUGAAAUGGAACAACGGAGAAGAGUAAAUAAUAAUUAACAAGAAAGAAAAAAAGAAAACGUUCAAUAGAAGAAAAACAAACAAACAACAACAAAAUUAGACAAAUUUCAUCAUCCGUUGCUGGUUCUCCUGCUGCUGAUUUUUUAAGGAAAUUCGACUCGUUCUCGCACUCGUGUACACAUUUUAAAAAAAAUAAUUAUAAAUGUCAGCGUUUUCUUUCCCCCCCUCGGAAUUUUUACAUAUAAUAAUAAUCCGCCGCCAAAGUCCCUUAUUAUUUCUCUCCUUUUCUGAAACGGAAAAAAAAUUCGAGAAAAUGUUUGUAACUUUUUAUGUCGUCGUCCUCCCGUUUUUCUCUCUCUCUCUCUCUCUCCCACACACAUUUUUGUACAUUCCCCACCCCAACUCUACGUGAACGAAACCGUUUUUCGUUACUUGAACAACAUCCUCACACAUCCGCCGCUCAACCCUUUUUUUGACACGCCGAGAUUGUCUCUCUAUCUCUACAUCUCUCUCGACUCUUAUUUUUUUUUUUUAAAUCCAGACCCACACACUACUAACUCUCUCCAUGAUGCUAUAAUAUAUAUUUGUGUAUGUGAACGUUCGUGCCAAUGUCAUUUCCCUCUUUAUUUUUUAUUUUUUUAUUUGAAUUUGUGUCUCCCUCCAUCUCUCUCUCUCUCUCUUUCCCUUUUUUAUUAAUGUUUGUGUGUGUUGAUAUUGCCAUACUAUAUACCGCCGCCGGGUCGAGUCACGUCUUCAACAAAAACAAAAAAAAAAAGAAACAAAAAACGGAAAAAAUUCCCUGAAAAAAAAACCGCAAAAAAAUUAAUGAAACGACAACAACAAUUAACAAAAAAUGUUGCUCUCUCUCUAUCUCUCUCUCUUAUUAUUCCGAUCAUCGGUGCCAGAUCUGCUUUCCCUUCUUUUUGAAUUAUUAUUUACAUUUGUACAUUAUUUCAUAGUUAUGUUGUUUUUUCCUAAAAUUCCCAUUCUCUCUUGUCUUCUUCUCUGCAGAAAAAUUGCGCAAUGUUGUCUGUACAGCCCUGCCACUCACCUACACAUCUCCAAUGCCCAUCAUUAUUUUAUUUUUAUUUUUUCACCACGAAUAAAACGAAAAUCUAUUUUCUGUGUGUGUCUUUGAAUUCUUGGACGCCAUCAAAGUAAUAAUGCGUAUUCCGUAUAUCGCCAUUUCUCUCGACACACUGAAACCAAGACAUUACACACACAUAAACACAC